AUGGGCUACCACUGUCGAAAAUAUUUAGUAUUGGUGACAAGUAGUAUAGUCCCUGUCCUUGUAGACAAGACAUCGAAGAUGAAGGCUGGACCAGGCAAGCUUAUAAAGCACUGCAAAUACAGUCGUGGGGUGUCCACUGUUGCGGAUGCUAAAAUAUCGGCGGUUCCUCCGAUAAUACCGAAGUCCAUACAACAUGUGCGACAGACGUUUUUUUCAGAAGUGAUGAGAGUUCCGGAUGCCCAUUCACUUGUUUCCAGGCCGUUUGAACUUUCAAAAAUCAUAAGUCCAGAGACUUUACAGAAGUACAGAACAUCCAUUACUAUUGCUGGAACAGUCAAAUGGGACGGAAAUUCGCUUAAACAGCGCCUGCGAAAGGGCGAAGUUUCUGAGUGCCUACGCAAGCUCGUUGAAGAACCAGAUUUGCUUGCAAACAUGAUAGAAACCUUCCAAGAAAGGGAGUUUGCAUGGUUCAUACAUGAAUGUUGUAAAUACUUGAACAGACUGAGCAUAUUGCAAAGAGGAAGAGAGUUUCUGAAUGAUGCUGGUGACAGUGCUAGACAGGCGGAAGACAUUCUCCAUAGCACCAAGCUCGGUGACAUGAAACGGUUUAAUCUUGUUUUGACUGCCAUCAAGGAAUCCAAGAGAUACGAGCUUCAGGUUUCCGACUACGAACAGAUUUUGUGGAUGCAGACGUAUAGUGGGGAAAUGACUGAUGCUCUAUUCACUUUGAACGAGUUUGAAUCCACGGCCCGGAAACUGAUCAACAAAGAGAGAACCAUUCCUCUUUACUUUACCACACUCAUUUGGAACUGCAAAUUCCAGAUCCUUGCAGAUGGUCUUCCUGAGCUGUGGAAAGUUGAUGGUAAGAAGAUAAUGAGGAAUAAGGCAAAGGAGUUGCACCCUCAUUUUGAGUACUUACACCAUGAUAGAUCUAUCCACCUUCUCAUCAGGAUGUUCCAGAACGAGAGGCUUUCGCCUGAUGCUGAUACCUUGAGAAUCAUGUUGCUUUGCCUCGGGAAAAGUGGAAAUUUGGAGAUUCUGAGAUCGUUCAUAUCUAAGAUGUGGGGCAUCAACCAGGAUGGCUCGGUUUCGAGAAGACAUUUGAGAAAACCUGGCUCGCUCUUUCAUCCUAACAUGCCGCUUUUGAGCGCCAUAAUAUCUGCAUUUGCGAUCCAGAAUGAGUUUCUGGAAGGAAUGUCGUAUGUGGAUUCGUUUGUUUCUACCUAUAACAUGGACAUGUCCAAAUCUGAGCAGUUCUGGGCCACCUGUUUCAGGUUCCUUGAACUAGUGGAGAGAGGAAAGCUCAAGUACCACGGAUCAGAGCAGAGAAAAGACCUUUCCCUCCUGCCUUUGAAAGAACGAAUGGUCUACAAGGCAAAGACAUACACGUUUCCAGACUCUUUGUGGAAACUGUCGAACUCACAGUGUGCGCCAACGGCAAGAUUGUACACAUGGAGGGUUCGUUAUCUCUUUCUGACAUACCGGAUUUCGGAGCUAAGAGGAGUGCUGGUACCUCUUUAUGAGAUGGCUAAGUCGCACCAGGUUCAUAACAGUCGCAAGAAGGUUGCUCAUGAGACUUCUGAGCUCUUGUAUGUGUGCAUAACGGCGAGCAUCCGUCUGUUGAUCUCGAGAGGAUACGAGAACCAAGCAGCCCGCAUGGUAGAGGACUUUUCCCUGAAUAGAGAGAUGAAAGAGAGAUUGGACCGCGUCUUCGAGUACAGAAAGGCCAGGCAAGUUGAGCAUAUGAGACGUUUGAAGUCCAAACAAGCAAAGAGAAUGGAAGAAGAAGAUGAUGAUGGACUUUUGUCCUGGCUGUGA